ACGGAUAUUUGAGCGUAUUAAUGGUUUUUGCGACGUUUUUUAUUGACGGAAAACACGGUUUAAAUGCGGCACAUUGCGUAUUUGGCGUUUUUAAGGUUAUGUUUUAUAUGGGCCGUACAGAAAGAAUUCGCAGAAGAAAGAAUUUAAGCCAAUUUUCUAUGGAUUAUGAUUUAAAAAUUAUUAAUUUAAAAAAAUGGUUGAAUCGUUUAGGAUGGAAAAAUGACACGAAAUUGAAAUUAACUCAUUUUAAAGAUACAGGUCGUGGAAUAUUAUCAAAAUUAAAAAUAUCACCCAAUGAUAAAUUAGUUAGUAUUCCAUACGAAGCUAUGAUAACAUAUAUUUCUUUUGAGGAGACCAAACUUUAUGAUAUACUUAAGAAAUUUCCGAAAAUGUUGUCAACUGAGGAAGCUUUUACAAUUUUCAUGUGCUUAGAAGAUCAUAAAGGUGAUGAUUCAAAGUGGAAAAUUUAUUUGGAUAGUUUACCAGAGGAGUCUUUGUUGCCUUUAGUACCAUGGGGAUUAAAUAAUGAAGAAUAUCAUUUAAUUCCCGAUGAAAUAUUACGAAAAAUUAACAAAUAUCUUUUUAUAAUUGAUAAGUUUAGUGAUAAAAUAAAAAAUAUAUUAACAGAAUUUAACUGCGAAUGUUGUAAUCGCAAUUUUAACCAAAUAAUAACUCGAGAAAAAUUAUAUAAAAAUUACGUUUUGUUUAUGACGAGAUGUUUUUAUUUAAAUUACAAAGUAUUGAAACAUUUUUCAAAAAGAUACAACUUCGAAAAAUUGUUUAUUGAUGAACCAAAUAUGGUUUUAUGUCCUUUAUUAGAUAUGUUUAAUCAUUCAUCUGAAACAGACGAUGAAUUAAAAUUUGAAAAAAUCAACGAAAAUUCAUAUUUAAACGUUAUUACAAAAAAUACUUUUUCAAAAAAUUCUCAAUUAUUUUUUUGUUAUGGAAAACACGACAAUUUAUCUUUAUUUUGUUAUUAUGGCUUUUAUUUAGACAAAAAUCCUCUUGAUUUCAUUGAAUUUACAAACGAUGAUGUCCAAUUAUUAUUUGAAAAUAUAAAAGUUAAUGAGGAAAAAGUUCGAUUUAUAAAAGCGAAAAAUAUUAACGAAAAUUUGAUUUGGCAUUUAAACGAACCUACGUUUAAUCUUUUAACGAUUUCUUAUAUCAUUUCAACAAGAGAUACCCAAUGGAAAACAAAAGUGUACGAUGAUUUUAAUGAGGUUGAUUUAAAGUUGAUUUCGAACGUUUUAAAGAUACUGAUUAAUAGAAGAAUCGAUUACAUUCAAGAACGAACCCAACAAAUGGAAAUGAUGAUAGAAAAUAAAAGUGAAUGUUUGUUAUUCUUAAUUAAUUUUUGUAAACAUAGAUUAAAUAUUAUGAGAAACAUUGUUAUAACUCAAUUAAAAAAUUGUUGAGACAUAUAAAAAUUUUAUUUUGU